AUGUCGACUCACGAGAAUGAAGCCGAAAUAUCGGCAGGAAGCGAAGAGCAGCCUUUAUUGCAAUCAGAUCCAGUUCCUGCGACUUGGAGCCCGCCGCCAGGGUUUUUAAUGAUCCAGAUCGCGAUCAUGGCCAAUGUAUUUCUUGGCGGGUUUGACGGCACCAUCACGGCCUCAACCUAUGCUGUGAUCAGCUCCGAGUUCAACGCUGCAAACACUGCUUCGUGGUUGACUACCUCGUACUUGAUUACGAGCACGGCAUUCCAGCCUCUUUACGGCCGAUUCUCGGAUCUCCUCGGUCGGCGGUCUUGUUUCUUCACUGCGACGAUCACCUUCAUGGUCGGUUGUCUAGGAUGUGCCGUGGCCCGUGAUGUAGUCUUUUUGAACAUCAUGCGCGCCCUGACUGGUGUUGGCGGGGGAGGUUUGAUGACUAUGGCAACAAUCAUCAACUCGGAUCUUAUUCCCUUCCGCCAGCGCGGUAUGUACCAAGCAAUCCAGAAUGUCUCAUACGGCUUCGGUGGCAUCUGUGGCGCUUCUUUUGGAGGUGCCAUCGUUGACUCAAUCGGAUGGCGCUGGUGCUUCCUGCUACAGGUUCCAAUUUCCUUGUUUGCUUUGGUCAUGGGCUAUAUAGUCUUGAGGUUUCCUCCUCGCAACGUUGAAUCUUCUCCAGAUGGACAGACCGAGGGAAUUUGGCAGCAAAUUGAUAUGCUGGGCGCAUGUCUGCUAAUUUUGGCCCUUUCGGCUCAACUGGUGGGACUUAGCCUAGGUGGAAACGUCCUUCCUUGGACUCACAUGUGGGUAGUUCUGCCAUUGGUCUCAAGUGUGGUUUUGCUGGCCGCAUUUGUCGCCGUUGAAGCGAAAACCACCGCCGCACCUUUAAUUCCAUUGAAGAUGCUACGAGGGCAGCUUGCUGUUUCCACGCAGAUCGCCAAUGUUUGUGUCGGGAUGUCAGCGUAUGCAUUCCUUUUUACUCUACCUCUCAUGUUCCAAGUGAUUCUUCUCGACUCUCCCAGCAAGGCUGGCACCCGACUUGUGAUUCCCUGUCUAUUCACUCCACUUGGUGGUUUGGUAGCGGGAAUCGUCAUGUCGCGCUGGGGCAGACUGGCCUCCAUUGUCCGCGUCGGUGCAGUCCUAAUGUUCGUGGGCAACCUUCUCGUUGCAGUCCUUCGAUUCAACGACUCGGAAUGGAAGUAUUUCGUGUUUGUCAUUCCCGCCAAUUUGGGUCAGGGGAUGGUGUACCCAGGAAUCCUGUUCACGUUCCUAGCGGCCUUCGACCAUGCCGAUCACGCCGUCUCCGCCUCAACCGUCUACCUCAUCCGUUCCCUCGGAACAGUUUGGGGCGUUGCAGUGACAUCCACUAUCAUGCAGAAUACACUUAACUCAGGCCUCGGGGAGGCCUUGAGUGGAAUACCCAAUAAAUGGAAAGUUAUUGAUGAGAUCCGCCACUCAGUCUCGGCUAUUUAUGACCUCCCUCCGGAUGUGCAAAUGGCCGCUCGGCUGGUGUAUUACCGUGGGAUCAGACUCUCCUUCAUGGCCUCCGCGCUCUUCGCAUUCAUUGCGACCGUCGCUUCGAUAUUUACCCGUGGAAAGGGUCUGGAGCGCGCGGGCGGCAAGUAA